UCCAGCUCGGCCCCAGGCUACCGCCAAGAUGCUGCUUUUGCUGCUGGGCAUCAUCGUGCUCCACGUCUCCGUGCUGGUCCUGCUCUUCAUCUCCACCAUCGUCAGUCAAUGGCUCGUGGGGACGGGGCACACAGCGGACCUGUGGCAGAACUGCACCACCGGCAGCGUCUUCCACUGCCUGACAUCGUCCACGAACGAAUGGCUGCAGUCUGUCCAGGCGAUGAUGAUCCUCUCCAUCAUCUUCAGUGUCUUGUCCUUAUUCCUGUUCUUCUGCCAGCUGUUUACACUCACCAAGGGAGGACGAUUUUAUGUUACUGGAAUCUUCCAAAUCCUUGCUGGGCUCUGCGUGAUGAGCGGCGCAGCCAUCUUCACAGUGAGGCACACGGACUGGCAGCCGCCCGCGGCUGACGUCGCCUUCGGCUUCGCCUACAUCCUGGCCUGGGUGGCCUUCCCGCUGGCCCUCAUCAGCGGCGUCAUCUACGUCAUCCUACGGAAGCGCGAGUGAGCCCGCGGCGGGGCCGCGCGGGGCCACUGCUGAUGUCCCCGGAGGAGACAGAGGCGGGGGAAAAUAGACGAGAAAACGGAAUAGAAAAUUAACCAAAAAAAA